AUGGAUGGACCAUCACGGGUUGCUGCCAGGGAGGGGGACACUCAGGAUGAAGCAGGUCCUAGCGGGCCAAAGAGAGCAAAACACGAAACACCGGUAUCUGGAGAACCAUGUUUAGAUGAAAAAUCUCUGUUCAGGGUCGCUAUGAUGCUUGCUUGUGAAUGGGUAACACUGGCAGUUGAGGAGCUGGACUUUACCAUAACAGAGGUUGAGACUAUCGAGACAAAUCACCCAAAGGAUACCAUGAGGCAAGGUCUCGAUAUGCUUACAAAAUGGAAACAGGCCCAGUCCACCAGUGUUGAACAGCAGAUCACCAAGUUGUGUACAGCAUUGAAGAGCAUCGGAAGAGCAGACAUUGCCGGAUUUCUGCACGGUCCUGAUCAUCUGAAGAUUUGCCAGCAGCUGCUUUUUAGUUUCUACGAAGAACAUACAGGCUUCAUCCAAGAAAUCGUAACGUCUUCCAGGUCACUGGCGUUGGGUGUUAAUGAGUUCAAUAUUGAUUUAAAUCUCCUUCAGAGUGGUCAGCAAACAACACGUGAAGACGUGAAAAUGUAUGGAAAACUACGAUUUUGA